CUUGAGCAGCAUGCUAGCCUAGGGUCUGUUCCUGUCCUUUGUGAGCUAGCUUCUUAGCGUGCUUUGCGCUGAUGCUUUUUUUGUAUGUGUGAAUGCUCUUGGGCUGGACCAGUGGAGGAAAAAGACACAGACAUUUCAUUUAUGGAAAAGCAGUCAUCUUGGUGUUCAGAUCCCUUUUUUUUAAUCAAAGUCCCAGCGGUUUUAUGGUUAAAAUAAUUUUGGUUGGCAUAUAGAUGUGAUGGACAUCCAUUCUGUAGAGCAGGAGCUGUUGAAACUUUCAGUAGAAUUAGGCUUGCAGAAUUGUAACUUUAAAAUGAGUUUAAAGUGACUUGUGUGUUAUGUUGUACAUGAAAUAGUGGCAAAAAUUUAUUGAUUUGUAACUGUAAAUUCAGUUAAUGUAGCAUUUCUUCACCUAUCCUGUAACAAGUUUAAACCAUAAGAUUAAAUCCACAUAAGUUGAGUUCAGAUUGAUUUCUUAAUUUAGAAUCCAGUAGCUAUAUAACCAGGUCCCCUUUAUCCUGAUUGUCCAUUACAUGUCUUGUGUAACUUAUUUAUUUUGUUGGGAAGCUUGUCUAUUUGUAGCUGUUGCGUAUGGGAGAAACAAGGUGAUUUUUUUUUUUACAUUUCUGUUCAUGUUUACUCGUUACAGCUGAGCCUCUUGGGAUCCAAACCUGUUUAUGCUUCAUGUACCUGGGGCAAUGAGACAUAAGCCUUAAGUACCUCCCAGAUACAGGAGAUUUAUUUGGACUCUGUUACUGCUUAAACCUUAGGGCUGUCUAAGAAUAUAGAUGAGCUGACUCCACUCAGCAAACGUAGUGAGAUUUUUGGCUUGUUUUUAAAAACCUGGAAAACUGAAGCAGUUUAAGUCAUCUAUGUUUGCUGUGCAGCUUUGCCUGAUUUGGCAUUUUAUUCACUUGUCAGUCUUGUUUGUGACAUGGUAUAACGUCAUGUGAUAGAGAGCCAGUUGCAUCACUUCUUUUAAAAGAUCUAUAUUUGUUAGAGAGGGACCAGGUUCUGGCGUAUUGAAUCUGAAGUUGCAUGAGGAUGGGGGGGGGGUGUCUAGUCAACCUGAUUUGCCCCACCCCCUACACAAGUUUUAAUGACAGAAGGAUUUGGAACAUGUAAUGACCCUGUCGAUUGUUUCUGCUUUGUUUAGCAUUAGGUCUUAUACUUGUUAGCUGGUCUUCCAUCAUUAAGGAGUGGAAAAAGCAUUAGCGCUUAUCCUUUAAGCUUAGCAGGUUGCCUGUUGGGGUGAAUGAGCCUCCUCCACCUGACCCAUCCCCAGCCAAUAGCGACACGCGGAUUACACCUGGGAAUUCCUGGGCGUAAACGUCGAAGUUAAUAAUACAGACUACUCUGUCAAAAUAAAGACGAUCUGACUCAAGACUACAGUGUGGCAGCAAUCGUUCUUAUUGGAUUUGUUUUAGCCACAUUAACUGAAAGGUCAUGUAAGCCGUUUGCCAUGGUGGGAGUUGGAUUGGGCUUUUUGUGGGCUGAUCCUCCUGCUUAUUAAAUAUGCAUAUAAAACAAAGGCAUUCCACAUCACUUCCUGCUUCUCAUAUUGCAGUUGCUGGGUUUGCACAAAAACUCCCAGUUUCAUUAUGCUCUUUGUGUAAUACAAUUAUACUAACCCAUUCACAUGAGUGUACUGUGUAUUUUCUGGUUAGCGUGUUCUGUUUUUUCGAUUGUCUGGCAUACAUUUGCAUUGAAGGAAGCUAUUUGCUCUGUGCAGAGAGUGCCUGUGCAGUGAAGCAUUGGAUUUCAUUCUUUUCCCAGUACAUUCAUGCUUAUUUAGAAAGGGCUUCAACACUUCAGUACCCACGAGACUGUCUCAUUGCAGAAGGGUGUUCUUUUUCAUAUAUAUUUGAUAGUCGUGGAGGAUUAUGCUUUCUGUUCCUUAUUUUUUCAACUAAUUAACCAUGAGAAAAUAAGUAUCUUUUCCGUGGUGGUGGUGGCCCUGCUUAAUGUUGGUGUUCGAUUCUGUCUUUAACAACAAAGCAUGUUAUCUCAGCCUUGUCACUUGUUACCUGAAGCAGUUUGUGACUUGUAGUAGUGACAGUCUUUGCAAUAACUGUGAUGACAGUUCUGAGGUUGACCUCUCAGCAGUGAGAAGUAAUGUGUAUAUUUAAAGAUUACCGUACAGUUACACACUAACUCUGGACUAUGGAACGCUGGUUCAAGUUUAAGAGAGGGGGUGGGAGGUUUGGACUGGUGCAGGACAGCUUAACUCCAGCCCGACACUCUGUAAGUUAUUCCCAUCUUUAGGAUUUCAAUAAUGCAACAGUAAUAUGAGAGUUCUUGAGUGCUCUGGAAUGAGGAACAGUAGGCCGAGAUGUUUUGGGUGUGGUUUAGGACAGGCAGGCUGCACCUGGGUCACACAUUCAUGCAGGAUUUUAUUGUGAUAAGUUUCUCAGAAGCUGGGUUGCAAUUGAUUGUCUUUAUUUCAAUAAAUUCUGUAGCUCAGCAGCAGGAUUUGGUCUGGAGAAAUUAUGUUAGACUACAGACAACAUGGCAAGAAAUGCAUCUCUUGAAUUUUUUUGUGGGAAAAUAAUGAAAGGGCUUUUCAAAGUAAUGUGAUGUUAACUAUAGAAUUCAUAAAAUUUAAAAUUAUUGUGGAUUAAGUAUAAUAGAAAAUUUUGCAGUUGGUUUAAACAGAAAUUAAUUCCUUACCAUUUAAACUGCAGUGUAGCUGGGCUGAGGAAGGUGAAACUGCGGGUUUAUGUCCCUUGGGGUAAUGCACUUAAUUUUAAAGGGAGCCAGAGGUUUGUUUGUUACUGUUCUCUGGUGGCUUCAUUUCCGAGAAACGCUUUUCCCCCUCCACAAUAAAGGUCGAAACAGUUUUCUCCUUUUUGUCGGCAGGUGGCAGCAUUUUGCGUGAAGUGUACAGCAACCGUCAAUGCACCUGCAUGAAUAUCAUGGAUGUCUUUCUGACGUCGGGUUGACGAACUAUAUAACUAUAGUUAUUAUUUCUACUAAAUUCUUUUGUUCUAAGGCUUUGUAUAUAAAAUUGUGACGUUAGAAUCUGAUGCAGAAUUGUCUAAAGGGUAAAUAAGCAAAAGUGGUUAACGCGUCGUACAGAUUAAUAGGUCAUUCCUCCUUACUCCAGCCGGUUUUUCCCGGUAUGCACUUUGAAUGUAUUAUGCUAAGUAUGUCGGCUGAGCUCCAGGUGGGGGCGUUCCUGAAUAAAUUAAUAUAAUUACCUACUCUCUCCGCCAAUGGGAAACCGCAGAGUGUUGCGAGUUUUUUUUCCCUUGGAUAUAUUAUGCAAAUAUGGCAGAGGCUGCAGAUUUUCAGCACGGUGGAGAUGAGCUGACCUUGGAUAUUCUUUGUGCUGCGUCGGUAGUUGUGCGGGUUCCCCUUGGAUGCUUGUUUUUCUUCUGUCUGGAGACCGAUUUCACCCCUCAAAGCCUCUCCAGAUCCGACGAAAAGAGAAUGUGAUUUUGAUUAGAGUUCAGAAGACGUUUUGUUUGCUAGCCCGUUAUAUGGACGUAAUAGCAUGAAUACUCCAUGUUAUCCAGUGGCGAUGGAUCUUGGUGUUUGCCAGCUAAGAAAUUUUUCGAUAUCAUUCCUGUCAUCGUUGCUGGGCACAGAGAGUUCGCCUCUCAGUCUUGAUAAUAGCUCCUCCGGCGCUAGUGUGGUGGCCAUCGACAACAAAAUAGAGCAAGCAAUGGACCUAGUGAAGAGUCAUUUGAUGUAUGCCGUUCGGGAGGAAGUGGAGGUUUUAAAGGAGCAGAUAAAAGAACUGAUCGAAAGGAACUCGCAGCUGGAGCAGGAGAACAACCUGCUGAAGAACCUGGCCAGUCCCGAGCAGCUCGCACAGUUCCAGGCGCAGGUGCAGAGCAGUUCGUCCCCGCCCUCCGCGCAGCAGCCUGGGGCAGCCACACAGCAGGCCGCGCCGUCGGCACAGCCAGCCUCACAGAGCUCCGGAGGGUCGGCGUAGCACAGUGCCCCCCCCCCCUCCUCAGGGAGAUGGGCGCGGAGACUGUAAAUGCACUGGCCCAGAACGAGAGAACGGACGAACAUGCUGCAAUCAUGGGAGGAUCCAUUUCCGAUAUUUGCACAUAUUUAACGUCGCAAGUGUUAAUAUCUCGUGAGACGCUUUACACACUUUAGACAAUCGUCUUCAAUAAAGGGAUUGCUGGCAGGUGAUGGACAUUACCAAACUCACUGGACUGCUGAGCUCGUCAUGUGUAAUUUUACGUGGAAUCAGCUUACGGAAUCAUUGUGCCUGCAUCUUAGGAUUUCAGUUGAUGUCCAUUUCAGUGGUGGCUCUGGAAUCGUACGAGUGUUGCCAUGCUUCACUUAAUUUUCUAGUGUAAAUAUAUACGUCUUUUCCAGGCUGUGAGCGAAAUCUGAGCAAGCACCUUCUUGCAGACAAAUGUGAAGCAUUUUCGAUGACUAUCGACAAAAGAUUAAUCCUCCUAUUUGAUAUUAGGAAGACAGGAUAUUUGUGGGAUCAAUGUUUGCAUUUAUUAUAAUCUUUAUGUGUAGACCAAGUGGAUCAACCUGCGCGAAGAAAUUAAUUUUCUGUAUCUGACUUAAAUUUCAAAUUCACACCUUUCUUAGUACGAUGCUGCUUCUUACCUAAGCCAUGAAAUCAGGUUCUUGAAUCCGAGGCUAAAGGAUUUGGGUGAAUUUCUGUGCAGGUUGUUAGGUUUAUGUAUAUUUAUGUAUUUAGUGUAAGUGCUCUGUAAAAUAGUAAUAAUCAGAAUGAAAGACAAGUAAAUAUUUAGGUUGUACAAAAUGAAGUUACAAUGUAAAUGGGCUUACCUGAGCAAGUUUGGAUGAUCUCUAAUGCUGUAAAUCAGGUAUCUAGCUAUUUCCAGCAAUUUAGGACAUUUGACAGCGAACUGUAAUUUCUUGGUUGCUUUCAAAUACUACUGUAAACCAUUGUUCAUUUGAGAAAUUACAAACAUAUGCUUUUACUUUUGACAGUGAAGCACUCCACAUUUUUCACAAUUAAUCCACUCUUAGCAUAAAUCAGACCUGACAUGGGUUUUGCAUAUAUGUGAAAGCUGUAUGCCUAUGUUUUGUGCAUGUUCCUCAAGGCAGAAAAAGUAACCAUAAUUCAAUUGCACUUGACAGUUGCACUCAACUUCAAAAUAAAAGAAAAAAAACCAAAA